CGAAGGUCCCAACUCUACCUGCAUUACUGCUCGACCUCUUGGACGUCGUUUCAACAUUGCUCUGUACGUACCGAUCGCCAGGCAUUCCCCAUUACAUCCAUAGCGUCUUCUCAGCCACAUCGUAAGCGCCAGUAUUCCGUGAAAGAUGACCUUUUAAGCUCUGUUCCAUCCGUAUCGUUGAAAGCUGUCAUCACCAUGGUCCCUCUCCAGCCAAUCUUCAAGAAAGCAUACCUGUCCUUAGUGGGCUUUGGGGCAGUAUACGCGGCCUUUCUUCUUGCCUUGACGAACAAAACUGCCCAGAGACAUGCACUAUAUGCUCACAAGGUACACACGGACUACUGGAAAACCCUAGAUCGGCCUGAGAGUGUAGGCUUCGCAAAACACCAAGUGACGCCUUUCUAUCUCAACACUACUGAUGGCGAGGAACUCUAUGCCUGGCACAUCCUUCCCAUUGGCCUUUACGCGCAGCAUGAGGAGGCCAUUGCAUCUCAGGAACCAUGGCCUCCAACCUCCUUCAAAACUUCAUUGGCAUACGAACUUCUCAAGAUCGACCCGGAGGCCCGUGUUGUGAUCAAUUUCCACGGAAACGCCGGUCACGUUGCCAACGGAUACCGCCCUCAGACGUACAAGUCGCUGACUUCGGCCUCCUCCAAGAUUCACAUUUUCACGAUCGACUACCGCGGAUUUGGGCGCAGCACUGGAGUGCCUUCCGAGAUGGGCUUGAUAACGGACGGUGUGGCCCUGGUCAACUACGUGCUGUCGCUCGGCAUACCGCCAGAGCGCAUUGUGCUUCUCGGUCAAUCUUUGGGGACUCAAGUUGCCUCCGCUGUGGCGCUGCACUUUGCCGAUCCGACUGCAUCCGCGGCCCUGCUGCCCAGCGCGGAAACGGACAUCAACUUCACGGAUGACUCUACUCUGCUCAGCAAGGAUCGAGAACCUGUUGCAUUCAGCGGCGUCGUGCUCGCGGCGUCAUUCCCAUCGCUGGUCAAGCUCCUGAAAGUGUAUCGAUUCGCGGGACUAAUUCCCGUGCUCUCACCGCUUCGCGUAUAUCCCUACAUCCAAUCUGUGCUCCUGCGUUUUAUCCAUGAGAGCUGGAACACGGGCGAUCGGCUUGCUGCGCUUGUGUCCUCCGCUAUCAAGAAUGAGCACCAUCUUAACUUGCAGAUCCUGCAUGCAGCAAACGAUUUCGACGUCAAUUGGCGCAUGGGCCAGGACAAUUUCGAGAGCUGCGUUGCGGCGAUGAAAGCCGCAGCAGAUGUGUCGGUUGAAGCAACCGGGGAAUGGGGCGAGACAAUCAAAAAGGUAGCGCGUUGGCACGAUAAGGUGAAGGUUGAGUGGCAGUUGUUGAUGAGCGGAGGGCAUAAUAGGAUUGUUGCUGAUGUGCCUGUUGCUCUGGCUGUGAUGCGAGCGUUUGGUUUGUGAAGACCACCUUUAUUUGGCGAAAGUGCCUAUCAGGGAUGUAGAAGCGAUGUUUAGAUACCUUAGAGAAGAAUUUUACCGAGUCACCCGGUUUGAGAAUCAAAGUACAUGCCACCGCUACAAAAGGGAUUUAAAACGACUCAGUUAGAGAUGUUCAUAACCAAGAUCUGAGAUGGCACGUCAACAUAAUGGACGCAUAU